UUGAGCUUGUUGACUCCGGGGAAGGGAUGGAACGAGAUGGCAAGGGCUGAUCCGUAGUUUAAAUCUCCUUGUGCUCCCUCCGCGUUGUUCCCGCUGCAUUCCUCGCUGUCGUCCCCUCAAGUCAACAAUCGUUGUUUACCUUUUCAAGACUCCUAAUACAGUCCACCAUUCGCUUUGGGACAUUACCUUUACAUCUUUAAUCAAAACAAAUCACUUUUUCGAACGCGUUCACACCCUUAUCCAAUACGCUCCGUUUACCAAAGCUCCAUUACAUUGCUCUAUCCGCCCUCUCGAGUAACAGUCACACCACAAAAAUCAAAAUGCGUUUCACCACCACCAUUGCUCUUGCUUUCUCAGCCAUGGCCAGCCUUGCCGCUGCGGCAGAGGGCGAUUGCGCUGCACAGAAUAUCCUCGACGCCUGUCUCGCGGGCUACAAAACACGCAUCGAGAACAGCGAGAAGACAAAUGACUACAUCGGCCUAUGCGACGUCUACAGAGAUGUCCUCGUGUGCUACAACAACUGCCCCAAGAGCAAUGAGAGGGCCCCAGUGGAGGGCCAGGUCAAUUCGUUCUGUGCCGCUGCUCAGCCUCUUCGUGCUUCCCUGUCCGCUUCAGUCGCAUCCGCCGCCUCGGUCGCCGCUACUCAGAGCCACACUUCUGAGACCAGCACUGCUACCGACUCCUCAUCCAGUAGAUCUCGCACCAGCUCCGGCUCUCGCACUGCCUCCGGCUCUUCAAGUUCGUCGAGCCCGACAGCUCCUAGCUUCCAGGCUGGCGCUGCUUCCCUUGGCGCACCGGCUAGUGCUGCGCUUGUUGUUUUGCUCGGUGCCGCUGGACUGUUGUAGUUCUGAACAAGACAGGAUAGGACCACAGUCAAAACAAAACAAAAACUCAUAUCAUGGGGAGGUGAAGUGUCAGAAGAGUGUGUUGUUGGAUGUGUAUUGUUAUGGUAGUUAUUUGAUAAUCUUUAAUGAAGCAGGG